AUGUCUCGAAUCCGUUCCUAUUCCUUGAUAUCUCGUUUGAUUUCUGUUCAACGACCGAUUACUUUCCAAGGUGGCAGUAGAUGCAGCAACCGAGCUUUGUCUUCUGCUUACAAGGUCGAGGAUGUUAGCCAACUCGUCAGUGGACUGACGCAAGAAGCUGUGGACGCAGAUCCAAAGGUUGCCGCCUUUCUUGAAGCCAACUUUGAAAGUUCAGAAGACACUGCGAGUGAUGGCUUUAUCAUUCCCGAUGAAGUCUUGGAACAACUUGGGGUAGCUGAUAUUGACAUCCCAGAAAAGAAAGGCAAAGGCAGCGAAUAUGGUGCUCCUAGAGUAGACAAGGGUCUUGGAAACGAAGCGCAACAAGCGCUAAAUAUCCGAACGUUGCAAUCAUACAUUCGCGAAGAAGAAGGAAGCAACGCUUGCCGAAGACUGCGAUAUGCCAAAAUGAUUCCUGGUAUGUUGUAUGGAAGUGACCCCAACCUUGGAGUGCUUUCCAACACUCCAGAAUCCAAGACAAUGUUGAAAACCCCAUGGCCCACACUACAACGUGAAUUGGAUCGAUUCCAUCGACGAUUCGAAAGCCGAGUGUACGAUCUUACUGUGUUCGAAGAUGAAAGCGAUACCGAAGGAACAGUCCACCGCGUUGUUCCACGCAAUGUCCAGAGACACCCUGUCCAAGGAAGCAUCUACUGUGCUAACUUUGUUCGAUACUUCCCAGGCCGACCACUGAAGAUUCCUAUUGUUUUCGCCAACACAGAGGAGAGUCUCGCGUUGAGACGUGAUGGUUUCAUCAUCCCAGUGAGCAAGCAUAUUGAGUGCCUCGUUGAAGAAGGUGCCCCGAUACCAGAACAAAUCGAACUUGACUGCACUGGUGUUGUGCUGAAGGAUGUCCUUCGAAUGGAUCGUCUCAUCUUUCCAGAUGGCGUGACAGCAUCAAAGAGAGUAGACUCUGAGAAGUUUGUCGUUGGACCAGUUGUUGGAGGCCGUGGCGGAUCACAAGAGGACGACGAAGACGACGACGCUGCAGGCGGUGACGAGGAGUCAUCUGGAUAA